GCCGGAGCCGCCACUGGGCUGCGCCCCUCCCCUCCAGGAUCCCCUCCCUCAGAUGCUCUUUGAAGUGGGAGAGGGAGGCGGCCAGGCUGCAGGCGGGAGGAGAGAGGCAGAGCUGCACGUCCCUGGCCUCCGCUCGCUCUCGCUGGCUGCACACCUGGUGCUGGCCCCUGCUCUGGGAGGACAACCUGCUGAGGCCCGGCCAGGAUGGAUGGAGGAUGGCAGUGUUCACAAUGGGCCUGGUCCUUACUGGCCAUGGCGGUGGUGGCUGGGGGUGCAGCAAACACGGAGCUCUCGGACAACAGCCCCACGUCCAACAGCCUGGAGGGUGGUGCUGAUGCCACGGCCUACUGGUGGGGGGAGUGGACCAAGUGGACCGCGUGCUCCCGCAGCUGUGGCGGCGGGGUGAUGUCCCAGGAGCGACACUGCCUGCAGCAGAGGAGGAAGUCGGUCCCAGGCGCCGGCAACAGGACCUGCAGCGGCACAUCCAAGAGCUACCAGCUCUGCAGCCUGAAGGAGUGCCCGCCAGACGGGCGGAGCUUCCGAGAGGAGCAGUGCGUCUCCUUCAACUCCCGGGUCUUUGACGGGCGGACCUACCAGUGGAAGCCCCUGUACCCCGAUGACUACGUGCACAUCUCCAGCAAGCCCUGUGACCUGCACUGCACCACGGUGGACGGCCAGCGGCAGCUCAUGGUGUCCGCCCGCGACGGCACGUCCUGCAAGCUCACUGACCUGCGAGGGGUUUGCGUGUCUGGAAAAUGUGAGCCCAUCGGCUGUGACGGGGUGCUGUUCUCCACCCACACACUGGACAAGUGCGGUGUCUGCCAGGGCGACGGGAGCAGCUGCACCCACGUGACUGGAAACUACCGCAAGGGCAACGCACCUCUUGGUUACUCCCUGGUGACUCACAUCCCGGCCGGUGCCCGGGACAUCCAGAUCGUGGAGAGGAAGAAGUCGGCUGAUGUGCUAGCUUUGGCAGAUGAAGCCGGCUUCUACUUCUUCAACGGCAACUACAAGGUGGACAGCCCCAAGAACUUCAACAUUGCUGGCACCGUGGUCAAGUACCGGCGGCCCAUGGACAUCUACGAGACAGGCAUUGAGUACAUCGUGGCUCAGGGGCCCACCAACCAGGGCCUGAAUGUCAUGGUGUGGAACCAGAAUGGCAAGAGCCCCUCCAUCACCUUCGAGUACACCCUGCUGCAGUCUCCGCCUACACAUCACCGCCCGUCCCUCUACUACAGCUUCUCCGAGCCCCCCUCGGCCUCCACCAGUGCCGAGAGCCAGGAGCUCCUGGGCUUCCUGCAGCGCAAUGCCUCACUCCACAGCCCAGCCUCCUCGGAGCAGCUGGGCCUGGACAACCGCCUGUUUGGCCCCCAGGACCCUGACAUGGAGCUGGGCCUCCUUCGGGGCCCAGAGACCAACGAGGUGUGCGAACCUGCCGGCAGCGGGGUCUGCCAGGGGCCCUCCAGGGCCAAGGGAUUCCGAGACCGCAAUGCCACUGGGAUGGCGCGCAUGAGGGACAAGGAUGACCAAGAGGCGGAUGUUCAUCUCACCUCCCAGGAGCUCCUCUCCGCCAACGCCAUCUCUGACCAGCUCCUGGGCGCAGGCUCUGACUCCGAAGAGUUCGCCCUCAAUGAGACGGGGAACAGCAUCUUCGCGCAGGGCGCCCCCAGGAGCCCUACGACUGAGAGCCUCUACGUGGACUACGAGGCAGGCGCGGGGGUGGCUGCUUACCUGCUCAACGGGUCGUACCUGGAGCUGAGCAGCGACAGGGUCACCAAUGCUUCCUCUGAGGCCCCCUUCCCCAAUGCCAGCGCCAGCCUCCCCUCGUUGGCGGGGAACAGGACCCACAAGGCCAGAACCCGGCCCAAGGCACGCAAGCCAGGCGUGAGCCCAGCUGACAUGUACCGGUGGAAGCUGUCAUCCCACGAGCCCUGCAGUGCCACCUGUACCACAGGGGUGAUGUCGACCUACGCCUUGUGUGUCCGCUAUGACGGUGUCGAGGUGGACGACAGCUACUGCGACGCCCUGACCCGGCCCGAGCCCGUGCACGAGUUCUGCGCCGGGAGGGAGUGCCAGCCCAGGUGGGAGACCAGCAGCUGGAGCGAGUGCUCGCGCACGUGCGGUGAGGGCUAUCAGGCCCGCAUCGUGCGCUGCUGGAAGAUGCUGUCCCCCGGCUUCGACAGCUCCGUGUACAGUGAUCUGUGCGAGGCCACAGAGGCCGUGCGGCCUGAGGAGCGCAAGACAUGCCGCAACCCGGCCUGCGGGCCGCAGUGGGAGAUGUCCGAGUGGUCGGAGUGCACUGCCAGGUGCGGCGAGCGCAGCGUGGUGACCAGGGACAUCCGCUGCUCCGAAGAUGAGGAGCUGUGUGACCCCAGCACCCGGCCCGUGGGGGAGAAGAACUGCACCGGGCCCCCCUGCGACCGCCAGUGGACCGUCUCAGACUGGGGACCGUGCAGUGGGAGCUGUGGGCAGGGCCGCACCAUCAGGCACGUGUACUGCAAGACCAGCGACGGACGGGUGGUGCCCGAGUCCCAGUGCCAGGCGGAGACCAAGCCCCUCGCCAUCCACCCCUGCGGAGACAGGAACUGCCCGGCGCACUGGCUGGCCCAGGACUGGGAGCGGGUGAGUGCCUGGCGGCCACAGGGCCAUGGCCAGCGGGUGACUGGUCAGGACGUGGGAGUCACUGCAGAGGAAGGGGCAAAGCAACAAAAGUUAAAGCUUGGAGAGCCAAAAAGGCAGGCGGAAGCCUGGCCUCCCGAUGGAGUAGGCCAUGCUUGUGAGGUCCCGGGUGGGCUGUCCUCCAGGGCGGGCCAUUUGGCUGCACCGACCGCCGGCCUUGAGGACCCUGCGACCUCUGUUACCACACCCGGUCCUCCUCCCACUGGCCCGUCGUCACUUGUCACCCAGGAGCGGUCUCCGACGAAUUGCUCUGCUACAGCUUCACCAACCGUCUCAGGCAGAUCACUGUUAACUGAGUUAGCCAGGCCAAACUGUUCUGCUAGAUCGAUUCUGGCCAAAUUGUCAUUGGCACGUUUGUUUCACAACAGAUGGUUUGGGGCCCAGUUGCUUUUGACCAAAUCCAUUUGGAGACAAAUGGUUAUUGAGCAGAGUUCUCAGCCAAACUGCACCGUGUGCUAUGGGCCAAACCAGUCACUGGAGUCGUGGUGCAUGUGCCGGUGGCGUGUGUUCCUGUCCUCCGGCCGGGCCACUGACCUGUGCCCUGGGCGCCUGCAGUGUAACACCACGUGUGGGCGAGGUGUGAAGAAGCGACUGGUCCUCUGCAUGGAGCUGACCAAUGGGAAGCCACAGACGCGCAGUGGCCCCGAGUGUGGGCUGGCCAGGAAGCCGCCGGUGGAGAGCACUUGCUUUGAGAGACCCUGCUUCAGGUGGUAUACCAGCCCCUGGUCGGAGUGCACCAAGACCUGCGGGGUGGGUGUGAGGAUGCGGGACGUGAAAUGCUACCAGGGCACUGACGUUGUCCGUGGCUGUGACCCGCUGGUGAAGCCGGUCGGCAGACAAGCCUGUGACCUGCAACCGUGCCCCACGGAGCCUCCAGAUGACAGCUGCCAGGACCAGCCAGGCACCAACUGUGCCCUGGCCAUCAAGGUGAACCUCUGUGGCCACUGGUACUACAGCAAGGCCUGCUGCCGCUCCUGCCGGCCACCUGCACCCAGCCGAGCUGCUGCAGGCCCCUGAGACCCAUGCCCCGUCCCUGGGUUGCUGCUGCUCCAGGGACCUCUCCCUGGACACUGUCCUGCAUCCAGCUGGGCCCACGCUGGGAAGACCUGACACUGGGCUGCAGCCCACACGAGGGACUCCAGGGCCCCAUGCCUGCCUGGAAGCUGUCCACAGAGCCACAGGGACCCUGUGGCUGAACCCGAGGCCCCGCCAGCGUGGGGAACAUGCCUGUGUCCAGGGCCUUCUCAAGGUGACUUGCAGAUGACUGGGGAAGGGAAUGGCCUCCCUCCCUCGGUGACUCGGGGUUGUGGGAGCCACAGGGCACUGGGAGGCCCAGAGCGCCCUGGUUCCUGAUGUGUGGAUGCAUCCUCCUUCCAGGGGGUUGAUCGCAUGGCCCAGCAUGGGCUCUGCCAGCUGUAUAGGAGCUCGUGUGCUGGAGGGGCAGUGCACUUUACGCCCAGGGCAGGCCCUCUUUUUUAUGUUGUAUUUGUUCAUGGACAGCAGGGCACCCUGUAACCCCUCAGUACUCAUUGGUGUAUGUUAAUAAAGUGGUCAUAUUUA